AUGUUCAGAGAACAGCCUGAACAGCCUAACAGCCUGCCGUAUAUGUUCAGAGAACAGCCUGAACAGCCUAACAGCCUGCCGUAUAUGUUCAGAGAACAGCCUGAACAGCCUAACAGCCUGCCGUAUAUGUUCAGAGAACAGCCUGAACAGCCUAACAGCCUGCCGUAUAUGUUCAGAGAACAUAUACGGCACGAGGUCCCUUCUAGCAGAACCCCAACUUCAGGCACGAGGUCCCUUCUAGCAGAACCCCAACUUCAGGCACGAGGUCCCUUCCAGCAGAACCCCAACUUCAGGCACGAGGUCCCUUCUAUCAGAACCCCAACUUCAGGCACGAGGUCCCUUCCAGCAGAACCCCAACUUCAGGCAAGAGAUCCUUUCCAGCAGAACCCCAACUUCAGGCAAGAGAUCCCUUCCAGCAGAACCCCAACUUCAGGCACGAGGUCCCUUCUAGCAGAACCCCAACUUCAGGCAAGAGAUCCCUUCCAGCAGAACCCCAACUUCAGGCACGAGGUCCCUUCCAGCAGAACCCCAACUUCAGGCACGAGGUCCCUUCCAGCAGAACCCCAACUUCAGGCACGAGGUCCCUUCCAGCAGAACUACAACCUCUGA